UCCCAGCGCCAUGGGUCCCCAAGCGGCGGACGCUUCCUUUCCUGUGAAAACAGCCCCCUCCACUGACGCGCUCAGGGCAUGGGCCGCGGCAGCAGCGCCCGGGGCAGAGCCACAGCAGAGCAAUAGCGCCCGGGGCGGGGGCAGAGGACAGCGCAGAAACCAGGAGCUGCUCAGCACAAGGGGGUUGACGCCUGAACUGUGGCUGGAAAGGGAUCGCGCCGUGAUCGCGAUGAACGCUCCCAGUGUCCAUGCGUGCCAGCAGGUGAAAAUGAGUGAAAAUGAGGAGGAGAAUCCACAGCAGAAGAGUCUUCAGACAGAGGAGUCAAAGUUAGCAUUGUCAGAAACAUCCAGCAGGAAAGGUUCCCAGACCUCUGACUGGACAGAUGACGGUGAGGAUGAGUGGGAGAUAGAAAAUCAGGAGAGAAACCCCCAUCCAGGAAAGAAAUGGAUUGAAUCUUCUCCCCAAGGGAGGUGUUUCAGGAAACUCAAAAACAUCAUUGCCCAGCGGAGGCCUAUUACUGGAGAAAAACUUCAUAAAUGUCCCGACUGUGGGAAGAGCUUUAGCCGGAGGUCAAAUCUGAUUCAGCACCAAAGGACUCACACAGGCCAGAGACCUUACGAAUGCCCCGAGUGUGGGAAAACCUUCAGUCUGCGCUCAACACUUACCAGACAUCAGCGAACCCACCUGCAGGAGAAGCCCUAUAAAUGCAUUGAGUGUGGGAAGAGCUUUCGCCAGAGUUCUGACCUGAUCGCUCACCAGCGGGUGCACACAGGAGAGACGCCGUUCCAGUGUGCUGUGUGUGGGAAGCGCUUUGGGCGGAGCUCCAAUCUGAGCCAGCACCAGACCACGCACCUGGGAGAGAGACCCUAUCAAUGUGCUGACUGCCUGAAGAGCUUCCGGAGCAGUUCGGCCCUGGUGCAGCAUCAGAGGAGCCACAUGGGGGAGAAACCCUACCAGUGCUCUGAAUGCAGGAGCCGCUUUCUGCAGAGCUCGGACCUGAUCAAACACCAGAGGAUCCACACUGGGGAGAGGCCCUACCAGUGCCCCACUUGUGGGAAAUGCUUCAGCCAGAGCUCCUCACUCAGUGAGCACCAGAGGACCCACACUGGAGAGAGGCCCUACCGUUGCACCGAGUGCGGGAAACGUUUCUGCCAGAGCUCCACGCUUAUCCAGCACCAGAGGAUCCACACGGGGGAGAAGCCCUACAAAUGCACUGAGUGCGGGAAGAGCUUCUGCCGGAGCUCCAACCUGAAUCAGCACCUGACAAUCCACAUGGUAAAGGAACCUCAUCGGUGCGCUAACUUUGGAAGGGGUUUCAGUCCGCUCACUAACCUUACUGUACACCAGAGAAUCCACUCUGGACAGACUCCCUAAGACAGUGUUUCUUAAAUUUUUUUAAGACCGAGUAACACCAAACAAUUUUUUUAUAAGUAACACCAAGGGUUU